AUGCCCUGCGAGUCACGGGGUGGUUUGCAAUUCCACACCAAAAAGGUGGCCCCUACAGUUGAUAUUUGUGGCCUUAAGCCGAAGGGCAACGACGACGACAGCCCAGCCAUAGGGGCUGUCACUCUCACGGAUGACGGAUCUUCCACUAAAGCUGUCACGAUCCCGGGCCCUAAAGGCCUUCUACAUGUCCAUCAAGAGCGAUGGGUUCCCUUGCAACUCUUGCAAGGAGCUAAUAUUAACCGCGUGACUCUACCGACACCCGAGGAUCUCGAUGCUGGACUGUAG